UCUCAAAUAGGAUCGUAAUGGGGACGUGAUGAACAACACCUUCUGCUCAUACUAAGGAACAGGCAGAGAAAGAUAUUAAGAAGCAUAAAAGAGGGGAAAAACAGACAAAACCGAAAGAACCCUCCGUUGACUACUCUGACUUUAGGAACAAUCCUAUACUAAAGCCAGCGCCUCUUGACAAUCCUCAGGAUCAUGGCAGUAACCCUGAUGAUAUGGGCCUUUCGAUGGCUACUGCUUCUAAGUUGCACAAUAUACAACCAAAGGACGAAAGGACGGAAUCUAAAGUUGUCGAAUUUGGAGUUGAUAUGAGAAACAUGAAUGAUACCGUAAGGGAAAGUCAAAUUUCUCGUAAUACUGAGAAGAGACAUCCAGAUGACAUCGUGGUUUCCUUCAAACCAUCAAAUCUAACUAAUCAAACAGACGAUUUAGACAGCCUUGACAUGUCAUUUGGAGGAGCGAGGUCUUCAGGCUUCAAGAGUGAUUAUAAUUCUACAGUAAUCAGAGCUAAUGAGGAAACUCAUGACACUGGGCGAGCACCCGAUGAAUAUCAAUAAUUCGUCAUUUAUUCAUAAUUUUUGGCGAAUUGAUUAAACUGUAACCCUUUUACGACUGCACUAAGCUUCUAGAGUAGUUAAUAAGGGACUAGUCUUUGAGCUAGCUGUCUUAAUCAUUUCAUAAUAUCACCAUAUAAAAGAGCUUCUGCUUUCUGUUUA